AUCACCACCAAGCCCGGAGCACCUGCAAGGGCUCUGCCAGUGGCUUCCUGGGUGCCGAGGGACUGGGGAUGGAAGAGGGAAUGGAUGCUCUCCACGACUUUGGGAUCCAGUCCACGCGCUAUCUGCAGGUGAAUUACCAGAACUCCCAGGACUGGUUCAUCUUGGUGUCCGUCAUCGCUGACCUCAGGAACGCUUUCUAUGUCCUCUUUCCCAUCUGGUUCCAUCUGCGAGAAGCUGUGGGCAUCAAACUCCUAUGGGUGGCUGUGAUCGGAGACUGGCUCAACCUUGUCUUUAAGUGGAUUCUGUUUGGCCAGCGGCCAUACUGGUGGGUCCUGGACACCGACUACUACAGCAACACCUCAGUGCCGCUGAUAAAGCAGUUCCCUGUCACCUGCGAGACUGGCCCAGGGAGUCCCUCUGGCCAUGCCAUGGGUGCAGCAGGUGUGUACUACGUAAUGGUCACAUCCAUCCUCUCCAUCUUUCGGGGGAAGAAAAAGCUGACCUACAAGUUUCGGUUGCUGAGCAUCGUGCUGUGGCUGGCCUUCUGGGCUGUGCAGCUGAAUGUCUGUCUCUCGCGGAUCUACCUCGCUGCUCACUUUCCCCACCAGGUUGUGGCCGGAGUCUUGUCAGGCAUCGCCGUGGCGGAGACAUUCUGCCACAUCCAGAGCAUCUACAAUGCCAGCCUCAAGAAAUAUUUUCUCAUCACCUUCUUCCUGUUCAGCUUCGCCGUCGGUUUUUAUCUGCUGCUAAAGGGGCUGGGCGUGGACCUGCUAUGGACCCUGGAGAAGGCCAAGCGCUGGUGUGAAAGGCCCGAGUGGGUGCACAUCGAUACCACGCCCUUUGCCAGCCUGCUCAAGAACCUGGGCACCCUCUUUGGCCUGGGGCUGGCUCUCAACUCACGCAUGUACAGGGAGAGCUGCAAGGGCAAACUCAGCAAGCGGCUGCCCUUCCGCCUCAGCUGCAUCGUGACCUCUCUCGUCCUGCUGCACCUGUUUGACUCUCUGAAGCCCCCUUCCCAAGUGGAGCUGAUCUUCUACGCUCUGUCCUUCUGCAAGAGUGCCAUCGUGCCCUUGGCCUCUGUCAGCCUCAUCCCCUACUGCCUCGCCCGGGCCCUGGGCCAGACACACAAGAAGUCUUUGUGAGAGGUGCAGAGUACAUAAAGCCCGUGAUUGUGCCGAAGCCUGAGGGAGCAUCCAGGUCUUCCGCCAGCCCACCUGGAGGCCAGAGGGGUUCAAAGUCAGCUCCAGUGCCCUCCCUCCUUUUGCCAUGCUGCUCAUCUGGGGAUGAGGCUUUUGGCAAAGCUCACAAGGUUAUUUGAGAAUGCCUUGACAACCGGAAGUUGGGUCAUUCUGGAUUUCUCCCCGAGACCUACUUCCUUGUGGUUCUUCCGACAGACACGCAGGACAGUAAGACACUUCCAAGCAGGGAUGCUCACACAUCUUGGCUGGACAUCCCAGCAGAGAUUUUUCUACCCUUGCUCAUCCUGAUCAAGUCAAAGAGAGAGCAAAUUUGAUAGGAAGAGACAGCAGGAUAGAAGAAGAGUUGUCAGGAUCUUAUAUGUUAUGCAAAUUAUAUGCCAAACAACGUGGCUCAAAC